CAGAAGCUUUAACCCACUGAGCCACUCAGGUGCCCCGUCCUUUCCACUUUCAAUAGCCACAUAUGUUGCAGUAGCUGUUCUGAGUAGUGGCUGUAACAUAUUUGUUACAGGGGAUGUCUAAGAAAUUAAGGUUGUAUGUAUUGUGAUAUAAGAAGAUCUAAGAAAUAACAACAGAGUCCCAUUGUCAGUAGUUUAAUAGAUUUAAAUAGCCUAACCUUGUACUAUAUUUGGCAUUGUAACAGAAGAUAUUUAAUAGCAAUAUGAUAGCAAAUUCAGAAUUGUAGUCCAGAUAAAAUGUUACUGAACUGUGUUGUUAUUCAUUCUUCUUCUAGAAAUGAUCAUAUUAUUGAGUAUUUAUCUUCAGUUUACAUUAAGAUGAGAUGUUCUGUAAAGCUCUUUUCUGAUUAUAGGUAGUCUAUUAAACUGAGAGUAGAAUGGGCUAUAGAUGGUGUUUGGAAGAUGAAGGUAAGAGGUGUGCAUGAUGUCAUAUGGAAUUCAUGUUUACUCUUUGCUGAGCGACCAACAGUGAAGAAUGAUUCUGUUUCUCAUAGGAUGUGCUUCUCUUGUUCACGGGUCAUACCACGGCAUAUGGCAUGGAUGUGUGAAUUUUUAGGUACAUAUUAUAUAAUCUGUGAAUGUUCAUGGCCUCCGGUGCAAAUUAACAUGCAAAGCUUGUACUUAGUGGUGUUAGCAGCAGUGUGCGACAGAGCAUUUCUAAAUCAGUUGCAUUUAUUAAUAAAGGUAGAGAAAAGUAAUUGUGCUUAUUCCUUUGUCUUAUUUAGGGCUUUAACUCUCAAUCUGACAUCACUUUAUUUCAAAUGCAUUGUAAGACAGGAAGAACAUUGAGAUAGUAUCAAAACCCACUUCCUUUUAUGUACAAAAAUAAAGAGCUCUGACAGCAAAACUGAUACUUCUAGUUGAAAAUCGAUAGAAACUGGCUUGAUAAUAGGUAUACCUUUCAGCCAAAUAGGAACGGAGAACAGAACUUUGAAAUUCAGUCCAAUAUUAAAAGUAGUUUAUUGAUUUCCAUGUAAAGUGGAAGAACUUAUAAGUUCAUAGUUUUGGUUCCUAAUUGUCAGACAGGAAACAAUGUUCAGAGAAGAGCUUUAUGGAAUUCCAAGCCAAGUAUCGUCUAGACUGUCGCAGCCAUCCUCUCCCCAGUCAGGCUGCCCAUCACCUACCAUUCCAGCAGGUAAAGUCAUUUCUCCGUCACAGAAGCACAGCAAGAAGGCACUGAAGCAGGCUCUGAAACAGCAACAGCAAAAGAAGCAGCAGCAACAGCAAUGCAGGCCGAGCAUGUCCAUCUCCUCCAGCCAGCCUCUCUCUCUGAAGACUGUCAAAGCAUCCAAUGACUCUGCACCCACCAAACCUGCAGUCUGGGAAGGAAAGCCGUCUGAUGGGCAGUCAAGCAGCCCUCAGAACUCCAACUCCAGCUAUUCGUGUUCCGUUCAAGUGGAAAAUCCCUUGCUAGGCUUGGGGAAGAAGUCAUUCCAGAGGUCUGACAGGCUCCACACAAGGCAAAUGAAAAGGACUAAAUGUGCUGAAAUUGAUGUUGAGACCCCAGACUCCAUUCUGGUGAAUACAAACCUUCGGGCGCUGAUCAACAAGCACACCUUUUCCGUCCUUCCUGGAGACUGCCAGCAGCGCCUUCUUCUACUGCUUCCAGAGGUGGAUCGACAGGUUGGUCCAGAUGGUCUGAUGAAGUUAAAUGGCUCAGCCCUUAACAAUGAGUUCUUCACUUCAGCAGCCCAAGGCUGGAAGGAAAGACUCUCAGAAGGUGAGUUUACACCUGAGAUGCAGGUGAGAAUUCGCCAAGAGAUUGAGAAGGAGAAAAAAGUAGAGCCAUGGAAAGAACAAUUCUUUGAAAGCUACUAUGGUCAGAGUUCUGGUUUGAGCCUUGAGGAUUCAAAGAAAUUGACAGCCUCACCCAGCGAUCUCAAAGUAAAGAAAACCCCAGCUGAGCAACCAAAAUCCAUGCUUCCAUCAGAGGCCUCGCCUGUCAGUGUUGUCCCAGGAAUUCCCCAGUUAGGGUCAAAAGAAGAAAUGGUGCAAAUGCCAUCCCCAGUAAGAAAAGAAGAGCAUGAAAGCCAAGAUACGGUGCAACCAAACCCCAAAUCCACAGAGCCCCUGCUUCCCUCAGCAAGCAAUACGCAAGAGCUUAGCAGCAUUCUCCCCAUCCAGUGCCCAAAGGAUGACAGUUUCUUGGAGCAGAAGCCAGUUGCCUCUGCUGAACAGGAGUCUGAGAAAGAGAAUCAUCUCACCACAACAGCUCCUAGUUACAACAAAGAUGAAGGCCAAGAAGCUUUAGUUACGUCCCCAAACAAACCCAAGAGUCCCGGGGUGGAAAAACCGGUAAUGAAGCCCAUGGCAGAAACUGGUUCACAGGAGAUCGCAGCAAAAGACCCUCCAUCGGCCCCAGUUGAUCACAGCCCAGAAAGCCUCAAGAGGAAGUCUUGCAUCCAAGAAGAGGGCCCCGUGAGCUGGGAGAAGAGGCCACGUGUCACGGAGAAUCGCCAGCACCAGCAGCCAUUUCAAGUCUCGCCACAGCCCUUUCUCAGUAGAGGGGACAGGAUCCAGGUGCGAAGAGUACCACCUCUCAAGAUCCCGGUCUCCAGAAUCUCCCCCAUGCCUUUUCCUACAUCGCAGGUCUCUCCCAGGGCUCGUUUUCCAGUCUCCAUCACUAGUCCUAACAGAACAGGAGCCAGAACUCUCGCAGACAUCAAAGCAAAAGCCCAGCUGGUCAAAGCACAGAGGGCUGCCGCCGCCGCCGCCGCUGCCGCUGCCGCUGCUGCCGCCGCCGUUGGAGGGACCAUUCCGGGACCUGGCCCCGGGGGCGGACAAGGUCCAGGAGAGGGAGGUGACAGGAAAACUGCUGGAGGAGGGAGUCCAGACUCAGACAGAGGCCGCGAACCUGGAAAGGGCCCCACACUGGAAUUGGCAGGAACUGGAAGCAGGGGAGGUACGAGAGAGCUUUUACCCUGUGGUCCAGAGACUCAGCCCCAGUCUGAGACCAAGAGCCCAGACCAGGCACAGCCUCCUCGUGUCUCUGGAGCACAACUACAGCAAGCCCCCUCAGGGCCUCCAGCAGCUGCCGGUGGGGGAGCGCGCGCAAGCGUCCCCUCUCCAGCCCGCACUGACGCCCCCUCAGCAGCUGUAGGGCAGCUGACGAACGAAAGGCUGAAUCCCCCGGGGGCAGCGGCCGUGGUGGCCUCUCUCACCCACCUGCAAGCUCCCGGGACCUGCCGGCAGGAGACCGCGCCCUCUGCGCCCACAGAGCCUGCUGUCCGCUCAGGUGCCUCGCCUGUUCGUUUUGCUGCCGAUGGCACCGUCGAGCCCAGUGCAGGUUCUGGUAGGAAUGUGCCAGACCCUUCGGCCUCAGCAGAGACAUCUGCUGGCGCUUCAACAGCUGUGCCUCCCUCUCCUUUAACAUCUUUAUUGACCGCAGCCACUUUAGAAAAGCUUCCUGUACCCCAGGUCAGUGUAAGUGUAGCACCGACGGGAUCGGCUCCAUCCUCGAGCACUUUGCCAGUAGCUUCUAGCCUUAAAACUCCAGGAACGUCUUCAAAUUUGAAUGGACCCCUGUCAAGGCCAAGCUCUAGUAUCCCCGCGAAUAACCCUUUGGUCACUCAGCUGCUUCAGGGCAAGGAUGUUCCCAUGGAGCAAAUUCUGCCUAAACCUCUCACCAAAGUUGAAAUGAAAACUGUUCCACUGGCCACGAAAGAGGAGCCGGGGGCAGCAGUGUUCACAGGCAGCGGCGCCGCCGAAAACAGCAGCAGAGAGGAAGGUAGCGAGAGGCAGUGCCUCCCGGCUCUGCAGCAGCUGGGUAAAGCCUUGCCAAGUACGCAGCUCCCCCAGGUUCCAAGACCCCUUCAGCUCUUUUCAGGUAAGGACCUGAGGGACUCUAGCAUCGACGCACACCAGUACCAGGAAGGACUCAGCAAAGCCACCCAAGAUCAGAUCCUUCAGACUCUCAUCCAGAGGGUUCGGAGGCAGAACGUUCUCCCAUUUGUGCAGCCCUCCCAGUUCAACUUCACUCACUCAGGUUUCCCGUUAGAAGACAUCUCCACAAGCCAGAGGUUCAUGCUGGGUUUUGCUGGCAGAAGGACAUCGAAGCCUGCAAUGGCAGGUCACUACUUACUUAACAUUUCCACCUAUGGCCGGGGUUCAGAGAGCUUGAGGAGGACCCAUUCUGUAAACCCCGAAGACCGUUUGUGUCUAAGUAGCCCCACAGAGGCCUUGAAAAUGGGAUACACAGACUGUAAAAAUGCCACCGGAGAUAGCAGCAGCGGCAAAGAAGAUACCGACGAGGAAAGUUCUGGUGACGAGCAAGAAGCCAUCAUGGUGAAGGAGGAGUCCCAGGCUGCCCAGGGUCCUGGCAAGUGUGAAGCAAGUUCGGGAACCCACAGCAGAGAAGCCCUGUCCGCCAGUGAUUGUUUGGCAAAAAAGAACGUGAAGGCGGAGACACCUGUGCACGAGCAGACCACGUUACGCAAGGAGAGUUACCUGUUCACGAGGGGCCAGACAUUUGAUGAAAAGACGCUAGCCAGAGAUUUUAUUCAGGCCGCCCAGAAACAGAUGGCCCAUGCGGUGAGAGGCAAGACGAUGCGUAGCAGCCCUGAGCUUUUUAGUUCGACUGCCCUUCCUCCGACCGCAGACAGUCCUACCCAUCAGCCUCUCCUCCUCCCACCGCUGCAGACCCCGAAGCUGUACGGAAGCCCCAGCCAGAUCGGGCCAAGCUACAGAGGCAUGAUCAAUGUCUCCACCUCGUCCGACAUGGACCAUAACUCUGCUGUCCCGGGGAUGCCGGACUGUAGCCAGGUGGCCAGCAACGUAGGCGAUGUCAUGUCCUUUUCGGUGACUGUCACUACCAUCCCUGCUAGCCAAGCGAUGAAUCCCAGCAGCCACGGCCAGACCAUUCCGGUUCAGGCCUUUUCAGAAGAGAACAGCAUAGAGGACACACCUUCGAAAUGUUACUGCCGAUUGAAAGCCAUGAUCAUGUGCAAGGGGUGUGGAGCGUUCUGCCACGACGAUUGCAUUGGCCCCUCGAAACUUUGUGUCUCUUGCCUUGUCGUUCGGUAACAAGACUAGAAAGAGGAUACUUGGGGAGGAGGCAGGGAGGGAAGGAUUGAUGAGAUGUGGGGUCUUUUGCGUCCUUUCGGAAUCACAGAAAUAAAUAAGUAGGUUUCAGUUGUCUUAAGAGACAAAUGUUACUUAAUCAGGAAUACAGAGUACAGAUCUUACAUUGUAGAGGAAGAGCACCUUGUAUAGUAAGUCUAGGUCAAGCAAGACUUCGUGAAUUUGUGACAAGUUUGCACUUACGAAAUCAUGUAAAUAUGUCACAUUUUGUUUUAACAUUGUUUUCCCAAGUAUUUAGGUAAUGAUGUAUUUGAAUUCAGAUUUAUGUUCUGCUUCACGUGACUCUGAGAAAAGUUUAAUGCCAUGCAUGGUUAAAGGAAGCGGUCUCUCUUCUCUCCCUUUCCUAAGAGGCCAGGGAAAGGAAGGAAUGAAGGAAUGGUCUGGAGAAAUGACCAUUCAAGCUGAUUAUGUCAUGUCGGGCUGACUGCAGGCUUUACAUAAGAUUAUUCAGCCUUGGUGGGAUUUGGAUUCAGGGUUUACUCCAUCCCUUUACCUUAAACAGAACCUCUUAAGUUCAAAUUUUUGAUACUGUUUUAAUUUUACAGGUUAGUAAUUCAGACUCUGAAAGCUCUUGACCUGGUUCUUGGCUUCCACAAACGAGUACUGUCGCCAAGCUCUCUGCUUGCAAUUCAUGUCCCCCACAAGAAUUGAGGGCGCCCCGCCCUCAAGGCCCCCUGCCCUGCCCUGAGAACGUGAAUGUGGCCCAGGAUGGGUAUGUGCCCCCACACCCUGGCCCCUGCUGUUAGCGGGGCCUGUGCAGGGCAGCAGUUCUAGCAGUAACAUCCAGGAACUCAGUCACGGGCGCUUACAAACGCGGGGGUGGUGGGGGGCAUGCUAGGAGAGCAGGAGCAAAGAGUGUUAGUGACAGGGUGAUUUGAACUGUGCGUUUGGUUGGGCAGGGCCUCAAAAAGUGCAGAAACUGAACAUAAAGAAUUUCGGAAAACGAUUUUAACACUAGAAGCAAGGUAGCCUCUUUUUUCCUCUUCUUGCCCAACCCUGUUCCCUCACGGUCUGUAGUCCACUGUUGUGCAGGAGGGAAAGCUCCUUGUUGCCACAUUUGCCUGUUCUGUUAAGCCUGUUUUGACCUCCCAGGCAUCUGAGGAGUAUGGAGUGAUCUUACUAGAUACUACUUUGAACACAAUGUGUGCACGUAUGUACACACACACAGAGUAAAAGUUAGACACUUCUCCUGUUCUAAAAAACAUAUCCUCUGUUUUAGAUUACUGCUGUCUAUGCACUAGGAAUCUCUAAUGUAAAGGGCUUCAGUAAAUGGUUAAGGGAACAUCUAGAAAGGAAGAGAAAUUAACUCCAAAGUUUGUUGCUUGUUUUUGUUGGUUCUUUUUGGUUUUCCUUUGUUGUUUUUUAAAUCUUGUCGCCAGUGACUGAAGAGUUUUUGAGAACAUACAUUUAGGUCCUGGUUAAAGAACAUUAAAAUGAAUCUACAGUUUACCACAAUUCGGUAUUGAAGAAUUGGGUAUUGUCAUUGUGCAUCAUUUGCAUAUUGAUUUCAAGUUUCCUGAUUUCAAGUGUGUAAAGUAAGAAUAUUACUGCAGCCUAGUACACUUACGGCUGUGCUUAGUGUUCAGGAUGUGAUACUUGCCAAGUGCAGAACAGUGUAAAUUUACUAAAUCACAUUCCAGAUUAGGAGAAAGUAGACAGUAAUACUCUUUGCUCGUCCCCGUUCUGUUCCCCAUUCUUCCCCUGUAUGCUUUUAAUACUUUUGAACCCCAUAAGAAACCUACUAUUUAACUGUUUUCAGUUUUUGCUUCUGUUAUUUUUUGUGGCUCAAGGCAAAUACAAGAUUAUUUGUUCUAGUUUUAGCCAAGACAAUAGGAUGUCCUCCUAACUUCCCUUUUUCUUCUAGCACACACAUAGCUAAAAAAUACGAAGGCUACAAGGAUCCUGGGAUAAGGAGUAAGUUCUUUAGCCACGAUCCAGUAAGAAAGAAACAUGGUUCGGUUCCCCAAACUUUCAGUACUCGGGGUAGAUCCAGGGGCAGGGGCGAAAAGGACCUAUUAUUGCUGGUUAAAACUCUCCACGCUCAGCUUCUUCACUCCCCACGCCAGUGCCAGGCCUGAGGGCUAGUCUUUGUGCUGGAAGUGCCUGAGUAUUUCAGAACUGACGCUGUGCUAAAUGUGAAUUACUAAUUUGGAUUGAUCAAAGUGAACUUUCUUCUUUACACCUUUCCUGUCAUAGGAAGCCUCUCCGCGGUUCCCCUAAUCUGCGGUUGGACAGACUAACCAGGAGAGGAAGAGAGGGAUCAGGGAUUUUCACGUCCAUUGGGAGAGCAAACCGUAUCGUGCCUCUUCUUCUUGACCAGGCUCUUGCAGAUCGGUCCUAAGCAUUAUUAUUCCCCAGAUUCUUUUAACAACUAAUACUCAGCUAAUAAAAUACUUGCAUUUGUGAAUGUCCCUAAAACAGGAUUUGUCAGCUAGGUACACUGCCUCAAUCUUGACCGAAUGAGAGACUGGGUUCUCUAGGGUUGGUAGUAAAUUGAAUA